UGGGUCUUGUGGCAGCGGACGCUUUGAACUUGACUAACCGGGAAGAAAAGCAGAGCUGCUUUCCGGAAGACGUGAGCAAAAAUUAACGUAAAUAAGGGAACAGCCGACAAAGCAAGGCUUUUUCCUUUAAUUUAUAAUAAAGAACUCGGGAAUUAUCCCCCAACAGCCCUGGUAUUGGACAGGGAGGGGAAGGAAGGCGCGGCCAGCGCCUCCCGCUCGGGCAGCAGCGGUGGUAGCGCCCGGGCUCGUGGCUUGGCGCGCGGUUCGAAAAGCGCGGGGCGCGCGCGCUGGCUCUGAGGGCUCCUUUCCUCUCUCGCGCCGGCUCCGAGCUCUCACUGCCCUUCCCCUCAGCGCCGGUUCCGAGCUCUCACUGCCCUUCCCCUCAGCGCCGGUUCCGAGCUCUCUCUGCCCUUCCCCUCAGCGCCGGCUCCCUCCGCCUCUCCCUCAGCGCCGGCUGUCCGCGGCUGUGGCGGCUGCCGGGGCUUGCGGAGCUCCCGACUGCGCUGCUUGGACACCGUUCCGCCCCUGUGUCUCCUGCGAGCCUCGGCGCGGCUCAGCACCGGCUCCUCGGACCAGUCGCGAUUUCGGCCUCGCCCUGAGAGCUCUGAAGGUCCGCAGGGAAGCAGCGGACACGGAACGCAGCAUUUCGGUUCUCACAAGCGCUCCAAAGCGCUUCCCAGCACCUCUUGUGGCAGCAUAAAGUCAAAUACUCGGGGGUGUAAACGGGCAGUAACAGUAGUUCUGAGAAAUGGAUGAGAGCACUUUUCAAGCUUAUGAAGAAGAAAUUCAGGCCCUGGAAGAAGAAAUUAGGCUGUUGACAGAAAAGUAUGAAGAUAUCCGACAAGAAUCCACCUUCUUUUCUGAGGAGGAGAUACUGAAGUCAAUAAAAUCAUUCCAAAGAGAAACUCAGGGAGAAACCAAAGGACAUGACUCUCCAUCAGACCUGAAAGCUCAGCUUGAAAGUCUAGAAACAAAUCUCUCAUUUUUAAUGGAGUUUACUGGGUUUCAUUUCACAAGUCAUUCCAAGAAAACAGUGGAAAAAACUAGAGACAGGACGGUGCAGAAGCAUAGAUUAUCAGGGAAGUGUUACUCCCUGUCUUUUCAACUGGAAUUCCAGCUUCUUGAAAUGCAGAACAAUGAGAAAGUGUCUGCUGUUGUUAGUGAUCUCAGCAUUAUAAUGGAAUCCAGAGAAGAUUCAAAUGUGAGCAAGUUUGUUUCAAGCGCUGAAGAACGUGGAGAUCUUCUAACAUUUUUCAGAAGCCUUUUAACCUAUGCUGAGUGGCAUGAGCAUCGUAGACGGACCUUCCUGCAUUUCAAGGCCAAGUAUCCUGACAUUGUGACCCUUCCAGAAGGACUGCUGGGAGAUUUUAUCAUUCUAAAGGACCCCAAAAUUUCUGGGUUUGAAUUGAUGAUUGUCUGGAAGAUCCAUCUGGAUAAAGAAGGGACCACGACACCUGUCCUGGAUCUUCUGCCCAAGGCACCAAAGCAAGUCCUGGAGCAGAGGAUGAGUGUGGAGAGCAUCCCUGGCAAGUUCCGGAGUGCGCUUCGGCUCUUCGGGAUCGAGGCAGCCAUCGAGAACCUGAUCAAAGUGGUGGGCUCAGAAAAAUGAAUGCCAGCAUUACUUACACCAGGCAGCAAUUUCAAAAGUAGUUUUAAUUAAGAUAUUGUGUUACACAGUCUAUAAUUUUAUUGAAUAUAAACAUUAAGUUAUUUUCCAUUUAGAAACCAUACUCAUAAAACAUGCUAUCUGUACAAUUAUGGCACGUUAUAUAUAAAUUGUCAUGACAUGAAAAUAAAUACAGCCAUUUAAAUACAAAAAUGCCAAAUAAAAUAGUUACAUGUACAGAGUGAUUUCAUUAUAAA